AUGGCGCUCACAGAUCGCAAAUUACCCAAGGAGGCCUUCUCCAUCAGUGCCACAGAUGAAGCGGCCAACGCAGUGGAGGAGCAGGAGGAUGAGGAUGAGUGUGAGCUCUACCAGGGCCAGCUGUGCCAGCACACGUGCACCAACAUCUGGGGCUCCUACCGCUGUGGCUGCCACCAGGGCUACAUCCUUCAGCCGGACGGACACUCUUGUGCACCUGUGAGUCCCGACGAGGAAAACAGUGUCAGAGACACCAACAGUCCCGCUAUCAGCCCAACACAAACCUCUGCAACCACGGCAACCACAACCCCCACUGUCCGCCUGGAUCCCUGUGCAGGAAAUGGUGGCUGCAGUCAGCAGUGUACAGCCGUGAUAGGCCGGGCUCACUGCUCCUGCUUCCCAGGGUUCUCACUGAUGACAGAUGGGCGUACGUGUGAGGAGAACGGGAACACGAGGGUAGAAGUUCAUACAGGUCACCCCCCAGCCCCUGACACAGAGUCUCUGUCUUCUGCAGAUGUGGAUGAGUGCGUGAGCAACACCCACAGGUGCCGGCCCAGUGACCGGUGUGUGAACACGGUGGGUUCUUUUGUAUGCAGACCACAGGUCACUUGUCCUGCAGGCUACCAACUGAAAAACACUAUUUGCCAAGACAUUGAUGAGUGCAUGAUGAGGGCUCAUGACUGCGGUGAGGGCUAUGUGUGUGAGAACAUAGCUGGCUCUUUCCUCUGUAAAUCCAAACACAAGUGCAUCAGCGGCUUCACACAGGACUCUCAUGGCAACUGUGUUGACAUAAAUGAGUGCAGCAGCCUGAGUGUGCCCUGCAGCCCGGGUCUGAACUGCAUUAACACAGUGGGCUCCUACUCGUGUCAGCAGAAGAUAAUAACCUGCAAUCGUGGUUACCGCGCCAGCCCUGAUGGACACGAGUGUGUCGACAUGGAUGAGUGUCAGAUGGGGACGCACCGCUGUGGGCGGGGCCAGAUCUGUCACAACACUCCUGGAAGCUUCCGCUGUGACUGCCAGACAGGGUACCAGUUCGAUGCCCUCCGAAAAGCCUGCAACGAUGUGAACGAGUGCUGGCGCUAUCCUGGCAGAGUGUGUGCCCAGACCUGUGAAAACACGCCGGGCUCCUACUACUGCUCAUGCACCGCCGGCUUCUCCCUCGCCGCCGAUGGCAAGAACUGUGAG